GGAAGAAAUGACUCAAAAAGUGUAAAAAGCUCUCACAUAAAAUCGUUCUCAAAUGUGCUAUGCUUUUAUCAAUACCCAUAUGUUUAUGGCCUCCAACUAUGUCCUAAAGCAAGUGAAUAGGUUUCGUGGCAUUCUUAUUGACUGUACAAAGUUAUUUCUAUAAACAUUUCGACAAACUUUUCUUUGGUAUGGUGAUUUGUCUGACAAGAUUCCUUCAACGUCUAAGCGCUUACAUAUGGCGUGCUCUUUUCUCCAUGUGGGAUGCAAUCGCUUAUUGUUGCAGAAAGACAAUGUUCAUAUUYCAAUACAUUUUUCUGGGAUUAUUAUGCAUUGGCAUAGAUUAUUUAGUAUUUAGACACUUUGUGAAGAAAAAUGAUUAUAUCAGAGCUUUAUUAGAUAAUUUCGGGCAUGGUCUUAUUGCUGCUGUAAGUUGGUUAGUCGUAUCAGGGAUUCGAAGGGAGAGUGUUAUUCAAGCAGUUUGCUGUGCUGCGAUGUCUAGUGGWCUUGAUAUUGAUCAUUUUGUAAUGGCAAAAUCGCUCAAAAUAAAGGAUGCCAACUCUCUCCACACAAGACCUCCGCUACACACAACAACAAUUGUCCCAAUCCUGACCCCUAUUUUACAAGUUUGGUGUGGACAAAAUAUUCAUUGCCUACAAGAGUUGCCYUACAUGUUUGUUGUUGCUGUACUGUCUCAUCAUUUACGUGAUGCACAAAGAAGAGGUUUGUGGUUUUGGCCAGUUGGUUCAACACCACCCCUUCCCUAUGGAAUUUAUAUCAUUUGUGUCAUAUUGCUUCCCAUGGUAGUAAAAGAUGCCAGAGCUGGCAUUAAGAGACUUUCAUCUGGCCAUAGUGAACAAUUGCCAGCAGCAAACAAUGGUAUCCUGACUGCACCAGAAGGUGUUUAGAUAAAUUUUCAAAAUAUACAAAGGAAGAAUGAGACUGGCUGUAUCGAAAGCAAAGACCCACGAAAACCCAAUAUUUUUAUGUUUUAUGCAUUAAUUCAUCCUAAAACACGCUAAGAACACAAUCACUGUUAUUUUGUGCAAUUUGGAGGGGGGUCUUAGUUUUCAAUUUUGGCAGAAUAAUUAACAAUUGUGAAAUAAUGGUAAAAAUCGAAGUCUUUUCUAUUUCAACUAUGAACACAAUGGCAACAAUAAAAAUGACAACAAUAAUAA